AUGGUAUUUCGCCGUCACUAUGCAAUUGAAUACAAAGAAGUGGAGGAUGUGUCCAGCUUGAAAGAUGUUGAUGAAGUUGACGCGGCCCUGAAGCAAAUGGUUACCGAAGGAGUCAACAUAUCCGCGACAAUACAGAGACAAAACGAGAAUAUCAAAAUCGGUUCGGAAUUGAUGAUACAUGCUGUAUAUGACUCACUGCUUGACCUAUCACUGCAAUUAAUCAUCAAAACCUACCCAGGCGGGCUCGAGGGAUUGAUUGACUCUGCCUCUCAUGCAUAUACCUCCUUUCCACCUGAGAUGGAGGCGCUGGUCAAUCAAGUUCGUGAUGGAUUACGAUCAUAUUUGCUGUCUAGUAUGCAUGAGUCCUCUUUGACUGAGGCAGUAAAUAUGACGACAAAUUUGUUCGGGCUUGUUGAGAAGGGUCAUUCCGAGCUGGGAAUACUUUUCGACGAUCAUCAAGAGACUAUCGCCGAGAAGGUGCAGGAAAUGCACUCCCUUCUAAAGAGAGCAGAAAAGGGCAACAAAUAUCUUGAUACUUCAAGCGAACAUGAAAGAAGCAACCUUACCUCCGAUACAAAGACGAUGGACUCUGAAAAAGCGGAGCUGGAGACACUUAAAAGCGAAAUAAGCAGCCUGACACAGGAAACUCAAAAUUUUAGAAGCAAGAGAACGAGGCUAGAGAAGCCACAGAAUUUCGGAGAGGGACUUGCUUGGGGCUUUCUUGGUAUUGGUGCAGGAGUCGCUGCCGGCAAGAGAGCUUCAUUGUCCAAAUCUAUCGAAUCAAACGAGUCAAAGCUAGGUGAAGAAAGGACUCUUCAAGCUACCCAUCAAACACGGUACAAUGAAGCGUUCGGGCGUGUAGAGAAAGCAAAACUCGCUCUCAUAGACCUCAACAGCCAUCGAACUGAUAUCAACAAGCACAUUCAAAGUCUGAAAGAUGUUCAAACGUCUUCCACAGAAGCACUGAGAUUUGUGGUGGAUCGCAAAAACACCCUCACUCGGAUUCACACCGAUUUAGUCAAUAUGACUCGAUUUGCAACCAGGUAUACCACGCAUCAAUAUGAUGAGCAGGUUAGUGCAAAGUUUCUUGCUGAGGGCAUUAUCGAUGUUCUCGACGUUACGCCCGAUUGGCCUGGCACCACCAUUCCUAUUAUGCUAGCCGUCAUUCUCCUGCGUUGGCCCCCUUCCCUAGUCGCCACUUCAGAUGCAGACGUAUUGGGAGAGGAGAGAGAUGGGAAAAGCGAUUUCGAGGUAAAGUUUGAUCGAGUGAUAGAAGGCGCCAACAGAAAUUACAGGAAAUUUACCGAAACGAGCUCUUCUGCACCUCGCCUCGAUGACUACUUGCGUGAUGUCGAGUUUGACUGGGAGAAAACAAUCGAUGCAUGGCACAAGAUGAUAUCAGAUGCUCAAGACACCAGGAUCAGACCUGCACCGGUUGUUAGGCAAUAUUAG